AUGGAGUCGCUGGGCCUGGCGCGCAAGGUGUACACGCUGGGCCCGCUGCCGCUGCUGGCGCGCGAGGACCCGCCCACCCCGUGCUCCUCCAUCAGCCUCAGCCUGUGGAAGGAGCAGGAGGAGUGCCUGCGGUGGCUGGACGGCCGGGACCCGGGUUCCGUCGUCUACGUCAACUUCGGCAGCAUCACCGUGAUGACCAACGAGCAGUUGGAGGAGUUCGCGUGGGGGCUGGCCAACAGCGGCAGGCCGUUCCUGCGGAUCAUCCGGCGCGACCUCGUCAAGGGCGACACCGCCGUGCUGCCCCCGGAGUUCCUGGCCGCGACGGCCGACCGCGGGCUCAUGGCCAGCUGGUGCCCGCAGCAGGCGGUGCUGGACCACCCUGCCGUGGCCGCGUUCCUCAUGCACAGCGGCUGGAACUCCACGCUGGAGGCCAUGUGCGGCGGCGUGCCGGUCAUCAGCUGGCCCUUCUUCGCCGACCAGCAGACCAACUGCCGCUACCAGUGCAACGAGUGGGGCGUCGGGAUGGAGAUCGACAGCAACGUCCGCCGCGACGCCGUGGAGAGCCUCAUCACUGAGCUCAUGGAGGUGGAGCAGGGGAAGGAGAUGAGGAGAAAGGCGAUGGAAUGGAGGGACAUCGCGAUCGAGGUGGCCAAGCCCGGGGGCACGUCUCACCGGAAUUUUGAUGACCUGGUUCGCAACGUGCUCCUGCCCAAGAACUAG